AUGGUAUUAUCGUGUUACGUAGAGAUACAACAAAAAGCUACGCAUGAACGGUGCACCGAUGUAACGGGCCCGAGUCGGCCGCACUCCGUUAUGUCAUCAAGUAUGUCGAGAGCAGCGUCCGAAGCACCUGGUAGACGACAGAAUGCCGGUCACUACACUACUUUACACUACACGCAUCACGCUUCAUCAACUAUUCAGUUACGGAAACUUCACGGGCGAGCAAACAGCGCGUGCACGCUACGUGAUGGUGGAGUCACCACGACUUCCGUGCCCGGUGAGAGCGCAGGACACGAUCUCAUCGACAAGGGAUGA